AACGUCAGCGAGGCCGGCUUCCGGGUUCGCCAGGCUCUGCGAGAAGUGCUUGGCAUGCCUUAGAGCUCAUUUCUCCUCACCGUGACCCUUGGAGAUAGGUGCCCUUAUUACUCCGUUGAACUCCGUUGGAUGGGGAAACUGAGGCUGAACAAGGGAGGAAACUUGAGCUGGGACCCCAAAGAUCUGGGUGCAAGAACCGGGCCCCCUGAGAGGCGUGGGCUGAGGGCUGGCGGGGGCUCCCCUUCCUCCGCAGAGCCCAGGAUGCUCCUCAGCUGCAGCGGGUCCUGAGCUCAUGGAGCCCUCGGCCACUCCCGGGGCCCAGUCCGGGGUCCCCACUGGCAGCGGGGAACCAUCGCACCUGCCUCCAGACUAUGAGGACGAGUUCCUUCGCUACCUGUGGCGCGAUUAUCUGUACCCAAAGCAGUACGAGUGGGUUCUCAUCGGAGCCUACGUGGCGGUGUUCUUCGUAGCUUUGGUGGGCAACACGCUGGUCUGCCUGGCUGUGUGGCGGAACCACCACAUGAGAACCGUUACCAACUACUUCAUUGUCAACCUGUCCCUGGCGGACGUGCUGGUGACUGCCAUCUGCCUGCCUGCUAGCCUGCUAGUGGACAUCACCGAAUCGUGGCUCUUCGGCCAUGCCUUGUGCAAGGUCAUCCCCUACCUGCAGGCCGUGUCAGUGUCAGUGGCAGUGCUGACUCUCAGCUUCAUCGCCCUGGACCGUUGGUAUGCCAUCUGCCACCCACUGUUGUUCAAGAGCACAGCCCGGCGUGCCCGUGGCUCCAUCUUGGGCAUCUGGGCUGUGUCACUGGCUGUCAUGGUACCCCAGGCUGCUGUCAUGGAAUGCAGCAGUGUGCUGCCUGAGCUAGCCAAUCGUACCCGGCUCUUCUCUGUCUGUGAUGAACACUGGGCAGAUGAGCUCUACCCCAAGAUCUACCACAGUUGCUUUUUCAUUGUCACCUACCUGGCUCCGCUGGGCCUCAUGGCCAUGGCCUAUUUCCAGAUCUUCCGCAAGCUCUGGGGCCGCCAGAUCCCAGGCACCACAUCUGCCCUGGUGCGGAACUGGAAGCGGCCCUCAGAGCAACUGGAAGUGCAGACCCAGGGCCUGAGUAUGGAGCCCCAGCCCCGGGCUCGGGCCUUCCUGGCUGAGGUAAAGCAGAUGCGAGCUCGGAGGAAGACAGCUAAGAUGCUGAUGGUGGUGCUGCUGGUCUUUGCCCUCUGUUACCUGCCCAUCAGUGUCCUCAAUGUCCUCAAGAGAGUUUUCGGGAUGUUCCGCCAAGCCAGCGACCGGGAAGCUGUCUACGCCUGCUUCACCUUCUCUCACUGGCUGGUAUAUGCCAACAGCGCUGCCAACCCCAUCAUCUACAACUUCCUCAGUGGCAAAUUCCGGGAGCAGUUUAAGGCCGCCUUCUCCUGCUGCCUGCCUGGCCUGGGUCCCUGCAGCUCUCUGAAGGCUCCCAGUCCCCGCUCCUCUGCCAGCCACAAGUCCUUGUCCUUGCAGAGUCGGUGUUCCGUCUCCAAAGUCUCCGAGCAUGUAGUGCUUACCAGCGUCACCACAGUGCUGCCCUGAGGGGGGGGGGCUUCCCCGAGUGGGGCAGCCUGAGGCUCUGGGAGACAUAGCCUGGUCCUUGUCUGUGAUGGGCCUCUCCAUUGCAUACAGUGAGAGGCUGCGACUCCAGUCCUGGCUUUCUCUCUGGGUGACUCUGGGCGAGUCAUCCCCUCUCUGUGCUUGUGUCCCCUAAGCAGGGUUGCUACAAGACUUAAGCAUGCUCAAGCAAGCAGAGAGCUUUGUGAACUGUCUAGUGCCAUGGACAUAGUUACCGUUGUACCUCUCUCAUGUGGCCACACCCUACAGCGUCAUCCACCUCUACCAACCUUUAAGAGCUUGGCCUUCCUCCCAAAGACUUGUCUCUUACUCAAUCACAGGCCUUCCCUGGUGUCUGCUCCAAAGGUCCCUGCAGGCAUAUCCACCAAGCCUGGGGGUCCCCUAAAGUCCAGGUUGCUCAUGACCAGAUACUCUGAUGCUCCUGUGAACUAACCCAGGCUUAGCCCUUCACAGUGGGCUCUGAGCACACCCCACCCUUUCCAGGUGUGAACUGCACGCACCAUAGGAUAGACUUCGUUGGCUUUUCGGAGUGCUAAAACACUCUCCAUGUGGCCGUUCAGCAUGGAGGCCAGCAGC